UGUUGGGAAGGCGCCGCCUGCCCCCAUGCCACAGGUGCAAGCAGUGAGCGGCUCCCCGUUCUGGAGGCCGGCACAGAGCAUGUGCAGAAGGAUGUGGUUGAGUUUCUGAGUGGAACAGAAACUCUCCAGUUCAUGCCUGUAACUUACCUUAGGGCUGGGUAGAGCACAACAGAAAUAGACACGGGCUUUUAAUUUCUUCUCCCCUGCAGCGUCUCAAAGCCUGGUGUCUUCAAAGCUGAUGGCAAUCGCCUGUCAAAUGGCCAUUUGGGAAGCAAGAGGGGCAGGAACAAACUGAUCUGCAUUUUAGCAAACAACAGCAUGGAACUUUUUACCACCAGCCUCCUUGUCUACAGCCUCACCGCAGAAAUGAACUUUAUCUAGGGAUAAUCCUCAGGAAAAUGCAUUUCAAGGGAAGACUGGACUAUAGCGGGAUAAGCAAAAAUAACCCUAGAAAUCUCCUAUCUCUCUCUCUUUUCUUUUUCACCUAAGACAACAAAGGAAGCAGCCAUUUGACUCUGGGAGAGAUCCUGCCCUGAAAUUUGGUCAGCCCUGUUGCUGGGGGAAUGUGUGAAAUUCACUAAUUUGAACUCAUUGACUAGGAGACACGUUGCAAAUUUGUGAAUGAUGUGAAUUAGUGAGUGGAUGAACAAACACGAAGAAAAACCCAGAAGACUGCAUUGAACAAAAGCUGAUAACAGGAGUGAAUCAGCUUGGGGUGGUUCAUUGCAUCAUAAGUGGAACAUAAAGGAAAUGCUUGUAACACAGUUGGAUGAGGAAAAACCCAUUGCCUAUGAAGAGAAAUUAAAUUGAUGGACAGUCUGUACUAGAGCCAUGGGAUGUGGCACUUCUGUGACUGGGAGUCGGGCAAAAAAGUCAGAGAGAGCAAUUAAAGCAGCUAUCCUCAUUCAGAGGUGGUAUCGGUGUUACAUGGCCCGGCUGGAGAUGAGGCGGCAGUACGCUCUUAGCAUCUUUCAGUCAAUUGAAUAUGCUGAAGAACAAGCUCAGCUACAGCUGUCCAGUUUUUUUACAUUCAUGCUGGAUCACUUUACUCAUCUCAACGAGACUGAUACAGGUUCGGAUGUACAAUUACUAGAAUAUGAGCGGAUGAUAGAGGUCCCAGACUCCUACCAUGGACCUCGGCUGUCAUUUCCCCUGACUGUUGCGGACACUAAUUCACUUCUUCAUGCUUUCAAGGAUCAACAGCAUCUUCAUGCCCGCUAUGUCCUACAGCUGCUACACGAAACCAAGAAACUCCUUAAACAGAUGCCUAACAUCAUUCAUCUGUCAACCUCCUACUCCAAGGAGAUAACCAUCUGUGGUGAUUUGCAUGGAAAACUGGAUGAUCUUUUGCUGAUAUUCUACAAGAACGGCCUGCCUUCAGAAGAAAACCCUUACCUUUUUAAUGGAGAUUUUGUGGAUAGGGGGAAAAAUUCCAUAGAAAUACUUAUUAUCCUGUUUUCCUUUCUCCUUGUGUACCCCAACCAUUUACAUUUGAACAGAGGGAACCAUGAAGACCAUAUCGUGAAUCUGAGAUAUGGCUUCACAAAAGAAGUUAUGAAGAAGUACCGGUCCCAUGGCAAAAAAAUUUUAAAUCUUCUGCAAGAUGUUUACAGCUGGCUUCCCCUUGCCACUGUAAUUGACAGCAAAGUACUAAUCGUACAUGGAGGAAUAUCAGACACCACUGACUUGGAUUUCCUGAAUUUAUUUAAGAGAAAUAAGAUGAAGUCUGUGCUGAGACCACCAAGGCAGGAUAUUGCUGUCAAAGGAAUGACCAGGCCUUCAUCAUCAUCUAGCCAUAGAAGACAAUACACCAGUGAUCUGUUGGAUGUUGGGAAGCACAUGUGGCUACUUAAUGAUGGUGUCAACUCUGGCCCACUCCUAGAGGCACAGUAUCUAGAGUCCAGUGUUCGUAUGCCGAGCGUGCCUUCAGAAUUAACAGCAAAGGAAUGGAAACAAGUGGUUGAUAUUCUUUGGAGUGACCCAAAAAACCAAAAUGGCUGCACACCAAACAAAGUUCGAGGAGGUGGUUGCUACUUUGGACCCGAUGUUACCGCCAGGCUGCUUAAACGGUAUAAUCUGAAGAUGCUGAUCAGGUCUCAUGAAUGUAAACAAGAAGGUUAUGAAAUCAGCCAUCAUGGGCAGGUUAUCACUAUUUUUUCUGCCUCUAACUACUAUGAAGAUGGCAGCAAUCGUGGUGCUUAUCUAAAACUGAAUCCUGAUUUGAUACCUCGCUUUGUGCAGUAUCAAGUCAGCAAAUGCACACGCAAACAGACUCUUCACCAGAGGGUGAGUGUAGUUGAAUGGUCUGCAUUAAAGUCAUUACGAGAGAAACUUUACUCCCGGAGAUCAGAACUCAUUGCAGCUUUCAGACAGUACGACCCAAAUUACACAGGAAGAAUUUCUGCCACUGAAUGGGCAUCAGCAAUGGAAUCUGUUUUGCAUCUGGAUCUCCCGUGGAGGACUCUGCGUUCUCGGUUGGUGCAGCUUGCUCCAGAUGGAAGUGUCGAGUAUCUUUCAUGUUUUAAUGAUUUGGAAAUAGAGCCAGCCAUAAAAGAGGUUCAACCAGCUUUGGUGGAAACCCUGUACAGAUACAGAACUGAUCUGGAGAUAAUCUUUAACAUCAUUGACAAAGAUCAUUCAGGUCUGAUCUCCAUUGAGGAAUUUCGCCAGACAUGGAAACUCUUCAAUUCUCAUCUCAAAAUCGACAUAGAUGAUGAAUCCAUUGACAACCUAGCCCGCAGCAUUGACUUCAACAAAGAUGGCAGCAUUGACUUCAAUGAAUUUUUAGAGGCCUUUCAUGUGGUUAAUAAAUUUGAAAACAAGUAGAACCAGAAUUAAUUUCAGAAGUUCUUGUCCGGAGCUUGACUAUCUUCCGGUGAUGAUAUGCUGCAUUGAGAAAUGUAAUGCCUGUCUGAGAAAGAAGGGACUGCAUGGUAAACGUAUGAGGUGGAGAACCAGAAGCACGGUGCUGUUUGGGGAAGUCAUUUCUUAGCCAGUUGUAAACUGUGGACAGCUGCUAGACUGGAGAAUAUUAAUGAGAAGAGACAAAAAACUUUAACAUGCUUCUUAUGAGGUGGUCGCCUGAUGGUAGAGCAGGACAUGCCAUAUUAGCAACUUGUUUGAUUCCAGUCCUUGUUUCUUUAUCACCUGACCAUUGGGAACUUGAUCACUGCCAGUGUAGCUCCUUUAACCCUGUGGGAAGUUAAGAUGAACUUCUUUGUGUGGCUCAACAACAGUCCUCGCAGAUUAGAAGAAUUGAUGUACUCUGAAGGAAGUCCUUUCUGAUAGGGAAAAGUAGAGAGAUCCUUCGGACCAGCUAUCCUACGGUUGAAAACUGAGAGGAGAAACUCAUUUACAGAAAUUAUUCUACAUUUAAACUAGUAUUUUGCAUGAUAAUAAAUUAAUAAUUUCAGCUCACUACUACCUCUUUUACUAUUGUUUACGUACAUAGCCUAUUAUUUAAAUACAGAAAGUGCUUGCUCUUGUUACUGAUUCCCCGUGAGCUAGGGUAGUUAAUAAACAUUCUUUUGAAAA